GGGGCCGGCCUAACUAUGGUGGAGGGCGGGGAGGAGGAGGAGUUCUGCUUCACAGCGCUCUAUAUAAGCGGCCAGUGGCCACGGCUGCGCGCUGACACUGACCUUCAGCGAGUCGCUCCCUGCGCAAUGGCGCCUUCCAGGAAGUUCUUCGUGGGGGGCAACUGGAAGAUGAACGGGAGGAAGAAGUGUCUGGGAGACCUCAUCUCUACCCUGAAUGCAGCCAAGGUGCCGGCUGACACUGAGGUGGUUUGUGCGCCCCCCACCGCCUACAUCGACUAUGCCAGGCAGAAGCUGGAUCCCAAAAUUGCUGUGGCUGCCCAGAACUGCUACAAAGUAACUAACGGGGCCUUCACUGGGGAGAUCAGCCCUGGCAUGAUCAAAGACUGUGGUGCUACGUGGGUAGUCCUGGGGCACUCGGAGAGAAGGCACGUCUUUGGGGAGUCAGAUGAGUUGAUUGGACAGAAAGUGGCCCAUGCCCUGGCAGAGGGACUUGGAGUGAUUGCCUGCAUUGGGGAGAAAUUAGAUGAAAGGGAAGCUGGAAUCACUGAGAAGGUUGUUUUCGAGCAAACCAAGGUUAUCGCAGAUAAUGUAAAGGACUGGAACAAGGUUGUCCUGGCCUAUGAACCUGUAUGGGCCAUUGGUACUGGAAAGACUGCAACACCCCAGCAGGCCCAGGAAGUACAUGAGAAGCUCCGGGGAUGGCUUAAAUCCAAUGUGUCUGAUGCAGUGGCUCAAAGCACCCGCAUCAUUUAUGGAGGUUCUGUGACUGGAGCAACCUGCAAAGAGCUGGCAAGCCAGCCCGAUGUGGAUGGCUUCCUUGUGGGUGGUGCCUCCCUCAAGCCUGAAUUUGUGGACAUCAUCAAUGCUAAACAAUAAGCACCAUCUAUCUCCCCCCUGCCCUUCCGCUAAGCCAGGAACUAGGUAGACCAGAAGCCCAGUAACUGCUUCCACCAGUCACAUACUUCUGAUGUCAUCUGCCCCUUCUUGUGGCCUAAUCCAAACUCUUCCUUCCUAUGCCCGUUUACACCUUCUUGCUGUGAUGGUUGGGACCAGGCCGAUCCUUUUACCACUUACCAUAAUGAUUAGAACUAAACAUGUCACCAUGGUGGCUUCUUGCCUGAGAGGUGGAAGAAGCGGAUCCUGCACUGUUUCUUCGGGCCCUAGUGAGGGCAGGAGAGUGAAAUCACUUUCCUUUCCCCUCUCAGUCUGUGAGGCCAAGAUUCUCUGACCCUAAGAGGCCAGGGAUGCUCCCCUCUCCCACAGUGCCGAAGCCUGAGUGUUGUGUUCAUGAGCCAUCCUACUUAUAAGGGAAAUAAACACCUGGCACUAAA